GGGUUGUUGGCACUGAAAGUUUAGCUUCGCUUUAUAUCAUUCGGUUCAGCGGGCUUUCAAUUUCAAGCAUAUUCUAAUGGUAAAAAUUACAUACAGGGAGUGUAAAAGUGGAAUAGAAAAUGAGCAACCCAUCUAAAAAAGACGAGGUGACGGUCAAUGUCGAAACCUCCGCUCCAAAAAUGGUUAUGCCAAAUCUUCCAAAACCGCUGACGCUCGAGGAAAAGAAGUAUCUACUUGCUGUAGAAAGGGGGGAUUUGGCAAAUGUGCGAAGGAUUCUUCAGAAAGCGCACAAGCGUAAACACAUAAACAUCAACUGCCUAGACCCUCUGGGAAGGGGGGCUCUUUCUUUGGCCAUCGAUGGAGAAAACCUAGAAAUGGUGGAACUCCUUGUAGUCCUAGGUGUCGAUACGAAAGACAGCCUUCUUCAAGCUAUCAAUGUCGGUUUUGUUGAAGCAGUUGAGCUUUUACUCGAACACGAAGAACUGAUCCACAAGGAAGGUGAAGCAUACAGCUGGGAAAAAGUUGAUACAACUACAGCACUUUUUACACCUGACAUUACGCCAUUAAUGCUCGCAGCUCAUAAAAAUAACUACGAGAUACUGAAGAUCUUGUUAGACCGAGGCGCUACGCUUCCAAUGCCUCAUGAUACCAAGUGUGGCUGUGAACUGUGCAUAAAGAAGUCCGAAGAGGAUUAUCUGAGUUAUUCAAUGACACGGUUAAACGAGUAUAGAGCUCUGGCAAGCCCAUCACUUAUUGCCCUAUCGUCAAGCGACCCGAUUUUAACAGCUUUUCAACUUUCAUGGGAUUUGAGAAACCUGGCUUUUACAGAACAGGAAAGCAAAUCUGAAUACAUGGAAUUAAGAAAACAAUGCCAGCAAGUGGCUGUUAGUCUUUUAGAUCAGAUACGAAGUUCACACGAGCUUGCUAUUCUUCUCAACCACGACCCUGAUAGCCCUCCAUACGAAGAAGGUGAACACAUGACACUGGCGAGACUCGAAUUGGCAAUAUUUUACAAGCAAAAGAAGUUUGUUUCCCAUCCGACUAUUCAACAACUCCUGGCAUCGAUUUGGUACGAAGGCCUGCCAGGAUUCAGGAGGAAAUCAUUAGUGGAUAAAUUGCUCACUAUAUCAAAAAUAGCUCUUCUUUUUCCCGCUUAUUGUAUUAUGUACAUAAUAGCUCCGAACACAACUACAGGAAAGUUAAUGAGAAAACCGUUUAUGAAAUUUUUGAUUCAUGCCUCGUCUUAUUUAUUUUUUCUAUUGUUACUCAUUUUGGUAUCCCAAAGAGCUGAGUUAACUGUUGAAUCAUACCUGGUUGAAUUUUUUGGGUCAGAGCAGCAGAAACUUCUGUAUGAAGAAAAACAAUCUAUUCAAAGAGGAAAAGGCCCAAUGAUUCUAGAAGUCGUCGUGUUUAUCUAUGUCCUAGGGUUCAUUUGGGAGGAGACGGCAGAAAUCGUAUCAGAAGGAAUAAACAAAUAUUUGAGAAAUAUGUGGAAUUUCAUAGAUUUUUCUCGAAAUGCGCUUUAUAUCGCUGUAUUUCUAUUGAGAUGUUUAGCCUAUUUCCAACAAUAUAAGCAAACUACUGAAGACCCAUCUACAGCCUAUAUUCCAAGAGAACAAUGGGAUGCCUUUGACCCUCAGCUUAUAGCAGAAGGCCUGUUUGCUGCCGCCAAUAUCUUCAGUGCACUCAAAUUGGUCCACAUGUUUUCCAUCAACCCGCACCUCGGACCACUGCAAAUUUCUCUGGGAAGAAUGGUGAUAGAUAUUGUGAAGUUUUUCUUCAUUUAUAGCCUCGUACUGUUUGCAUUCGCCUGCGGUCUGAAUCAACUUUUGUGGUAUUUUGCUGAGCUUGAGAGGAGAAAGUGUUAUUCUUUACCAGGUGGGUUGCCUGACUGGGACACAAAAGGUGAUUCUUGCAGCAAGUGGAGAAAUUUCGGAAACUUAUUUGAGUCGACGCAAUCUUUAUUUUGGGCGAGUUUUGGUGGAGUCGGCACUGACACAUUUCAACUGACAGGAAUCAAAACUUACACCAGGUUUUGGGGUUUGCUUAUGUUUGGUACUUAUUCCGUCAUCAAUGUGAUAGUAUUGCUCAACCUCCUUAUUGCCAUGAUGUCCAAUUCAUACGCCAUAAUCGAUGAACACUCUGACACAGAAUGGAAGUUCGCCAGGACCAAACUUUGGUUGAGCUAUUUUGAAGAGUCUGCUACUUUGCCGCCACCUUUCAAUAUAUUUCCCACGCCGAAGCUCCUGAUGAAAAUGUUUGGGCUUCGGGAAAAAGAUAAAAUGAGAAAGAGAAGAAUGUCCUCAAGGAGAAAGGAAAAACAAGAAAAAGAACGUGAUUAUAGAUAUUCUGCUGUCAUGAGAUCUUUAGUUUGGCGCUAUGUGUCAGCAAUGCAAAGGCAAGCGGAUGAUAAUCCUGUCACAGAAGACGAUGUAAAUGAAAUUAAAGGAGAGAUAACGACAAUGAGAUAUGAACUGUUAGAAGUUCUACAGCGUAAUGGAUUAGAUGUAUCUAGCGCCGAUAUUAAAAACAAAACUGCUGUAACGGGUAAGAAAAUGAAAGUCUGGGAAAGAAGGUUGAUGAAAGAUUUCCAUCUUGCCCCGGUGGCAUCCGAGGAAGAAAUGGAUCUUUUAUUAACCGAACCACCUCCAGAUGAAGAUAAAUUAUCCAAAUUUAGGAGAAUAGCAAAACUUGCUGUGCUUUCAUCGGCUCAACAGAAAUGGGGACAAGUUAUAAGGAAUGCUUGUGAAGUGUCUCAGAUUGGACGUUGCAAUAGCAGAGAGGCGUUAAAAAAUCAACAGUGUCUUCAAAAGGCUAUGCAAGAAGCAAAGAAAUUAGUUACGAGUAAUACAAAAACUUCUCCUGUCAAAGUGGCCCUGCCGGAAACAACCGGCUCUUCAAUAAUAGAACUAAUAAAUGACAUUACUAAAGAAGGAAGUGGCUCGAGUAAAGAAGGUGGUUCAAAUUUUGAAAACACUGCCCAAAUUACCUCUACAAACUUAACUACAGUUUAUGAAAAUGAAACUCAAAUAGAAGACAAGUCCCUAGGUGGAUCAGAUGAAGAGAAAUUGAGCACUAGUCAAGUAGAGUCAACAAUUGAAGCUUCCCCUACACCAAUCCAUACUGAGUCGAGUGAUCCAAAUCAAGAGAUAAUACUCAAAGAAGACAUUAUUACAAUCACACAAACCAUUGCAGACCCAAAUGCAACAUCAGAAGAUGGCCAGGACUUAACAAACAUUAUGGAUGUAAAAACUAAAGAGGAACUGCCAGAUCAACCAGAACCAAGUACGUCAGAUUGUAAAAGUUUGGAGCCUAAGCAAAAAGAUACAAUUGCCGAAGAAGGCACACAAAUGUUAGAUUUGAAACAGAAAGAAAAAGAAGUUUUCAUUCCCUUGGACUCGACAAAUAGUACUAAUCUCCAGACACAGUCCACAUCAAGCAUGGAAGCCUUAAUUCUGCCGGAAUCGCCAUUGUCCAAGAGCCCUUACAAAUUACGUGAAGUUAAACAAGUUCAUCGCCAACAAAAGGAGGGGUGGUUGUAAAUGAAAAUACUAAUAAUUAAUUUUUAUUCGAGGUAAUAAAAAAACCUUCGUAAAUUUGGAAAGACUGCUCAAAAGAUCUGAAGAAAAAAUGUACUGUUAAAUAUUAGUUAUAAAAGGGAAGAAAACUGACAAAAUAUUAAGUUUUUGAGUC